AUGGGGAGCUCCCUGGCGCGCGAGGGGUGGGAGGGGCUCGUGUCUCUCUCACACGGGCGCGCCGGGGUGCGGUGGGAGACUGGGCACCCGAUCGGCGGAUGGACGACCCGCAACUGGUCUGGCGAGGGGCGCGGUGCUGGGUGCGGCGACGGGAGAGGGCCUCGAGCGCCGCGUGUGCGCGGCGGAGUCGGCAUAGACUGA